GUGUAUGCUGGUACAAUGGCCGCUGAGGUACAUGCUCAAUUGGCAGACCUGACGCGGCAGGAGGACGAGCUAUCGAGUCGCUUUGAUACCUUGCUCGCCAGCUCAGCCAAUCUCUCGCGGAACCUGCAUAAACUUGGCGUUCUGCAGGCACAGGCACAGUCUCUGCAAUCGGCCUCUUCAUCUUUGCUCUCGACCCUUGAGUCCUCAGCGUCGACAGCAGAACGCAUCUCAAACAACGUCCGCAAUUUGGAUGCCGAACAAUCACGCGUCAAAGAGACACUCAAGUACGUGGAGGAAGUGAAGGAACUCAAGAUGUGUGUGCUUGGCGUGCAUCAGUCUAUGGAGAUGCAGGAAUGGGAGACUGCUGCUGAGCUGAUUCAUCGUGCAUCGCUUGUGCCAGAGCAGAUUGCAAGCGGUCAAUUCGCUGCCAUGAUGGUGCCAACUGCAGAAGCGCCGCUCAAUCCAGCCGUCACGAUAAGAGACGCGUCUGACCAGCUCUUCCAUCUCUUCACGCGACAAUUUAAGCAAGCAAUUGCAUCGCGCGAUACUCGGGAAAUUACGCGCUUCUUCAAGCUUUUCCCACAAAUCAACAAGUCUGACGAAGGCUUGGACCUGUAUGCUGAUUUUGUCUCAUCCAUCAUUGCUGAGCGUGCCGAUGCAGCACUUAAAGCAGCUGGCAACUCCAUCAUGCUCUACGCAGGCCUCAUGACAACGCUGUUUGAGAACAUUGCAAAACUCCUCUCCAAUCACGCACCCCUCAUCAAGCGCUUCUACGGCAACAACAUUGAUCGCGUGCUGGCUCGUAUUCAAGAAGAAUGUGACAAGCAAGGUAUUCUCAUCCUCACCACAAUGAUGGACGACCGACAAAUCACAAAACGCAUCAGUGAAAUCAAAUCUUACUCAUUUUCAUUCUUGGUGCAGAGUUUCCUGCCGCAAGCAAGUUCUGCGAUGGCUUCGCAAGCACCAGAAGAGCGUGAAGUCGACUCAAGACAGCUCGAUGCGUUGCUUACGGAAAUCUCAGUGAUUCUUGCACGUUGGUCACUGUUCCUUAGCUUCUCCACCAAUCUCGCAACGCCUGACACAGCUGCCAAGGCAGACUCCUUCCUGACGCAGAAUGUACUCGGUAAGCUUCUUGCUACCAAAAUUCAGCCCUGGUAUGAGUUGAUGGAAGGCUACUUUAUGCGCCGCUCAGUCGAGCGUGCCUUUCAAAUGGAACAACAAACGGUCGCUGAUGCAGGAUUUCCUAUUUCGUCCGUUGUUGAGGAUGUUCUCUUCAUCCUUCGCAAGAUCACAGCGCGUGCCUUAUCAACGGGUCAGAUGCAACCGCUCUCCUCGACCUUUGCUGCAAUUCGUCGUGUGAUGGAACAAGACUAUGCAGGCGUGCUUGGUCGACGUAUGCAGGAACUACAAAAUCGCAUUACGAGUAAGACAGGCACGGGUGGAUUGGUGGCUCGGUCUGCCGAAGCGGAGAAGCGUGAUCGCUCCGCAUACCUCGUGUUACUCAAUGGGCUGGCCAUGUCGGCGGAGUAUAUGGACCAGAUGCAAAAAGAACACCUCAAGUCACCUAGUCUGGAUUUAUAUGCCGAUCGAACAGGUGCUGUUCGGGUUGUGGAGCAGCUCGCGACACUAAAGUUGCGCUUUUCUCGAGGGCUGGAGGAUGGUUGUCAGGUAUUAUACAGCUAUGCCCUCAAAGCCAAGAUUCGACCACUCGUGCAAGAUAUCUUUGUCAAUGUCAGCUACAUGCUAGACAAACAACGCUAUGAAGAGGUCGUGGCGGCCGGUGAAUCAUUCAGCCAUCAGUUUGCUGAUGCAUGGGAUGCCUUACUCUUGCCCGUGUUGGCAGAUGCGUAUCCUCGAGCGCGAGACUUGUUGUUACAUGCAGCAACGCGAGCGCUGGUGCGGUUGUUGGAGAAGAAACUCCUUACGAUGCGGUGUACAGAAUUGGGUGCCAUUCGAUUGGAUCGUGACAUGAGCGGUGUGAUU